AUGUCGUCUGCUGUGAAAAAUGAGGAGGAAAGAAUCCAGAUAUAUGCAGCGGGAGACCUUAUGGAAGGAGAGCUUUAUUCUGCUCUCAAGGAGGAAGAGGCCUCUGAAUCGGUUUCCAGUACAAACUUUAGUGGUGAAAUGCACUUCUAUGAACUUGUAGAAGACACAAAAGAUGGGAUUUGGCUAGUACAGGUCGUAGCAAAUGACAGAAGCCCACUGGUGGGUAAAGUCCACUGGGAGAAAAUGGUGAAGAAAGUGUCAAGGUUUGGCAUACGUACUGGCACUUUUAACUGUUCCAGUGACCCCAGAUACUGCAGGAGGAGGGGUUGGCUGAAAUCCACCCUCAUUAUGUCAGUUCCACAAACCAGUACCUCCAAGGGAAAAGUAAUGCUCAAGGAAUACAGCGGGCGCAAAAUUGAAGUGGAGCACAUUUUCAAAUGGAUCACAGCCCACGCUGCUUCUCGGAUCAAAACCAUCUACAACUCCGAACACUUAAAAGAAGAAUGGAACAAAAGUGACCAGUACCGUGUGAAAAUAUACCUGUUUGCCAACCUUGACCAGCCUCCAGCAUUCUUCUCCGCACUAAGCGUAAAGUUUACUGGAAGAGUAGAGUUUAUUUUUGUGAACGUGGAAAACUGGGACAAUAAAAGUUACAUGACAGAAAUUGGUAUCUACAAGACACCAUCGUACAUACUUAGGACUCCUGAGGGGAUUUACAGGUAUGGAAAUAACACUGGUGAAUUUAUAUCACUACGUGCCAUGGAUUCCUUUUUGCGCUCAUUGCAACCAGAAGUUAAUGAUUUAUUUGUUUUAAGCUUAGUUUUGGUUAAUCUGAUGGCUUGGAUGGACCUGUUUAUUACACAAGGCGCUACUAUAAAGCGUUUUGUGGUUCUUAUAAGCACUUUAGGGACGUAUAAUUCACUAUUAAUUAUUUCCUGGCUACCCGUGUUAGGUUUUUUGCAACUACCCUACUUAGACAGCUUUUAUGAGUACAGUUUAAAACUCUUCAGGUACUCUAACACAACUACUUUGGCUUCUUGGGUAAGAGCCGACUGGAUGUUCUACUCCUCGCAUCCAGCUCUCUUCCUCAGCACAUACCUUGGUCAUGGUUUACUAAUUGAUUACUUUGAGAAGAAAAGAAGACGCAAUAACAACACCGAUGAAGUAAAUGCUAAUAAUCUGGAGUGGCUGUCAAGCCUGUGGGACUGGUAUACCAGCUACUUGUUUCAUCCUAUUGCUUCUUUUCAACACUUUCCUUUUGACUCGGAUUGGGAUGAAGACCCAGAUUUGUUCUUAGAGCGGUUGGCCUUCCCCGAUCUCUGGCUUCACCCUCUGAUACCAACUGAUUACAUUAAAAACUUACCAAUGUGGAGGUUUAAAUGCCUUGGCAUCCAUUCUGACGAGGAAAUGCUGGAAACCUUUCAAGACAGCGAAAGUGACUCUGACAGCGAGAACAAAGAGGUCUUCAGUAGCGAAAAAGAAGUCUCGGAGGACGAUGAGCUAAACGCAUUUCAUAGGCGCAGUGAAGGAGAGCCUCGGUGCGGCACCGAGACCUGUUCGUGUGCCAACAAAUAUUGUCAUCACGAGCCAUAUGAACGGAAAGCGAGAUCCUACGGCUCAUACAGCACCACAGGCGACAUGGAACCAGAUUGGUCAGCUUGGCCCUCCGAGAUGUUGCACUGUACGGAAUGUGUUGUGUGUCUAGAAAAUUUUUCAAAUGGUUGUCUGCUCAUGGGCUUGCCGUGCGGCCACGUGUUCCACCAGAAUUGCAUCGUGAUGUGGCUGGCCGGCGGGCGACACUGCUGUCCCGUCUGCAGGUGGGCUUCGUACAAAAAAAAGCAGCCAUACACGCAUCCGCAGCCUUUGUCGACUGAUACCCCAUCUUAGCUGUGUGCUGAUGUCCUUUGUAAGCUUUCAGGAUAUUACUGCUUGCCUUUUAAAUGUUAGUCACUUAAAAGAUUACGUGGUUUGAAGUUUUAGUUUAAAUGUUAGUGCAGUGAACUAAAAUAUACAUGAUGCUAACGUUAACGACAGAAUCAUUUGGUUGCCUUGUAUGUUGAACUGAAUGCAUACUUAUCGUACAAUAACUUUUCCUUUUCAACAUCUGGAAACUUGAUGCUGUUU